ACAUACGUUUAACGGUGGUCUUCAACCUUAAAAAGUCCACUAAUCCACUUGAACUCACCUUAAUCUGUAAGCUAUAGUCUCUCUCUCUCUCUCUCUCUCUCAUGCCAGAACUGAAACAGAAGAACAAACAUUCUAUCGACUAGAAAACUCGACGCCUGAAGUGGGUUUUUUUUUUUUACAAUCCAAGAUGAAUUGGGCAUGGAAAGAAACAAGUUGCAGUAUUUUCAUCGUCAUCAUGGUUUUUUCAACCAUGUUCGUUUUGACAGAGGCUUAUGAUGCACUUGACCCAAAUGGAAAUGUUACAGUCAAAUGGGAUAUAAUGAGCUGGACUCCUGAUGGCUAUGUUGCUGUUGUGACGAUUACUAACUUCCAGGCAUUUCGUCAUUUCGAAUCACCAGGGUGGUUAUUGGGAUGGACCUGGGCAAAAAAAGAGAUAAUAUGGAGCAUGUUGGGAGGCCAAGCCACAGAGCAAGGAGAUUGUUCAAAGUUUAAAGGGAAUAUUCCACAUUGCUGUAAGAAAAGCCCCACAAUCGUUGAUUUAUUGCCUGGGACUCCUUACAAUCAGCAGACUGCAAAUUGCUGUAAAGGGGGAGUACUCAGUUCAUGGGUGCAAGAUCCGGCCAAUGCUGUAGCCUCAUUCCAGCUAAGCGUCGGCCAAGCAGGAACAAGUAGCAAGGCUGCCACUUUGCCUAAGAACUUCACUCUGAAAGCACCAGGGCCUGGUUAUACUUGUGGACCUGCAAAAAUUGUUCAACCAACAAAAUUUCUCUCUGCAGACAAAAGGAGAGUCACUCGAGCUUUAAAGACAUGGAAAGUUACAUGUACGUAUUCACAAUUUCUGGCUUCCAAGACUCCAACUUGCUGUGUUUCGCUUUCAUCUUUUUACAACGAUACAAUAGUUUCCUGCCCAACAUGUUCAUGUGGCUGUAAAAAAGACAUUACUGAGCCAGGAAGCUGUGUGGAGCCAGAUUCGCCAUACAUAGCUUCAGUUGUCUCAGGCUCUCAAAAAAAUACACCUGUGGUCCAAUGUACUAGCCAUAUGUGCCCAAUUCGAGUUCACUGGCAUUUAAAGAUCAAUUACAAAGAAUAUUGGAGAGUAAAGGUUACAAUUACAAACUUCAACUAUGCGAAGAAUUACUCGAUGUGGAACUUAGUUGCGCAACACCCCAACUUUGACAAUCUGACCCAGAUAUUCAGUUUUAACUAUAAGCCAUUAACACCUUAUGGAUCAAUCAAUGAUACUGGUAUGCUGUGGGGAGUUAAGUUCUACAAUGAUUUGCUCAUGCAAGCUGGACCUUACGGUAACGUGCAGACUGAGCUACUGUUCCGGAAGGACAAAUCAAAUUUUGGAUUUGAGAAAGGUUGGGGAUUCCCUCGAAGGAUAUAUUUCAAUGGCGAAAAUUGUGUCAUGCCACCCCCUGAUGACUAUCCAUGGCUUCCGAAUGCCAGUUCCAGACAAUAUUUCUCACUGCUUACUGUAAUAGCAACUUCUUUGUCAACAUUGGGUUUUAUAAUUGUGUUUGCUUGAAGUGUUUUUGUAAAUAUUUAAGUUCUGAUUUUCUUAGGACUUUCACUCUCAUAGUUUUUGAUACCCAAAUAGUUGCUAAUUUAAGCAAUAAAUGUCAGUGUGUUCAUCAAGAGGUAAUGAUGUUUAUUCUUUGUGCCAGCUAUAUAGAUUGGUGAAUUCACUUCCAUUUUGUAUAUGUAACAGAAAAAAGUUAUACUGAAAAUGAAUUGGAUCAGGGGAUUUUGCAAGAA